AUGCGCGUAGCGAGGAAGGCCGCGAGAGACGCCGAGGCGGCGGCAGUGGAGCCGCUGCUGGAGAGGGCGGCAACCGGCGCGCAGCUCCCCGUGAUCAGCAGCCGCAGCAGCAGCAAUCGCGUGGCGGCUACGACCGGUGCUCGAGGAGGAGGAGGCGCGUCGGGCCGAGGCCGAGGCGGCAAGACCACCCACGCCGGCAGGGACGCCCCCACUCCCUCCCCCUCGCCCGCUGCCGCUGCCGCGCCCGCCCCCAGCGCAGUGGUUCGCGCGGCACUGCCUUCCAAGCCCGCCCCGUGGGCCGCGUCGCCUGCCGCGGCGGCCCCGGUGACUGCCGGCUCGACCGCAGCGCCGCUGCCAGUGACGACGGAGGCGGUGGUGGCUGUGCCCCUCCCCGCGUCGCCUUCUUCCGGCGAGCAGCCGCUGGGACCGGUCGCAGUCGCGGUCGUGGCUCCCGCGCCGUCGUCGUCGGCAAAGGAGGCGCGGCUGGACGAGGUGGCGGGCCUGUGCCUGGGCUCCUUCGAGGCCACCGAGCUGCCCACGGCCCGCUCGCCCAUCGUUCCGUCCCCCUCCUCCCCGCUCCCCGAGAAGGAGGCCCCGCCAGCCGCCCCUGCCACGUCGCCCGCACCCGCACCCGCAUCGACCGCCGCCGCCGUCGCACCGUCGCCAGCGGAGACUACCAAUGGCCAUGUCACCAGCCCGGCGACGACGUCCACUGACGACUCAACACCGGCGACCGCCGCCGCACCGCAUGUGACUGCCGAGAACGGGGCGUCGUCGGCUGCGCCGGAGGUGGCGGUGCGCAAGCCGGUGGUGAACGCGUGGGGCAAGGGUGCCCCGGCCAUCCUCCAGAAGUACAUGGAGGCCCAAAAGAAAGCGGCGGCCCAGCAGCAGCAGCAGCGCCCGCCCGCGCCCACCGCCGCGGCCGCUCUCCGGCAUUUCGACGAGGUGCGGCUCAUGUGGGACGCUUCCUUCGCGCACGCCGCCCUCCGCGGCCUCCACAACGAAGGCAACACGUGCUUCCUCAACGCGACGGUGCAGUGCCUGCUGGCGUGCCCUCCCUUCAUCGGCUUCCUGCGCAGCCUCAGGGGCCGCGGCUUACCGGUGCGAUUCGCGGAGGCGUUCGAGCUGGAGAAGAAGGCCAACACGCAGCUGGUGCCCCUCGCGGCCAAGGCGCACUUCGCGGCGGUCAUCAAGAAGCUGGCCGGCACCCCCGGCCGCCAGGAGGACGCCCACGAGUUCCUCUCGCUCCUCCUCGACACCGUCCACGAAGAGCUGCGAGCCGGUUCCGCCAAGGCGCGGGCUGGCGGCGGCAGCGGCGAGAGCGGGGCCCACCACAAGACGGCCGCCCACAACGAGACCAACGAGUGGAACGAAGUGGGGCGCAAGAACAAGACCUCCAAGCUCCGAACGGCCGAGUUCGAGGACACGGCGGUGACGCGCAUAUUCGGUUGCAAGCUCCGGUCGUGCCUCAAGUCGCGGGGCGCCAAGCAGUCGAUCACGCAGGAGCUCUUCAACGCCCUGCCCCUCGACGUGUCGGUCCACCAGAUCCGCUCCCUCGACGACGCCCUCCUCGGCUUCAUGUCCGCCGAAUCGCUGGACUGGGAGGUGCGGGCGUCGAAGGAGUACAAGUUCGAGCGCAUGCCGGGCGUGCUGGUGGUCCACCUCAAGCGCUUCGCCUUCAGCGCCGCCGGGGGCGACAAGAUCGCCAAGCACAUCGACGAGAAGGAGCGGAGGAGCUACGACCUCUUCGGAGUGGUGGAGCACCACGGCCACACCCUCCAGAGCGGACACUACACCGCGUCCAUCAAACGCGACCAGCACUGGUACUACUACUACCCGUAUCACGUGGACGACACGACCAUCAACCCGACGACCAUCCAGACCGUGCUGCGACGACAGGCCUACCUUCUCUUCUACCUCCGCGCCUCCCCUUCUUCCUCCUCCCACUGA